ACUGGAAAUCCCUCCCGAUGGUCGCUCUCACCCUCAAGCACUCUCCAGUGCAUCAAAAGGGUACUGCCAGGCCAGGAAAUUACUGACUCGGUGAACUUUCCUCUUGCCUCUCUUGGGAUCCGUGCACGAUGAGUUGGAGUACUGCCACCCCCCUUCAUAUGGAAUGUGCUCUCACGGAGCGCUCCCGCAACACCGUCCUCAGGAAACGCGCUGCUGAGUCUUUGAAGUCUCAGGUGCAGCCUUUGAAAAUGUCCGACCUCGCGCUUCCGAAGCGAGGUCUCCGUCCUAUUUCGACUUCGACUGCGCCUGUGACUUCAUCGAAGGUGGCGAGGGCGGCGUAUCCCAGUUAUACCUCCCUGACGGAGAUCAUUCCUUCCUCUGGAUCUGUCGCCGACGAAAGUGGAGACACUCCUCGCACCCCAAUGCGCAACCGAUUGGUGGAGAAGGCAGCCCGAGCCUACCUUCUUCACUCGGACGCAUUCGACAGGCGUAACCCCGAGAGCACUCCAUGGAAGCAGUCCAUUUCUCGCUUCCUCCCCCGUAUGUCUGUUUUCAACAUGGCGCUCAAUCCUCUGAACAUAUUCAACUCUGCCUUCCAAGUGUUCCGGUUCUACAUCACGGGAGCUCGUGCUCUGCAGCCGCAGAUCAGAGCCACCAUAUCCCGCUCUGUCUCUCGCUCCAUGUCCAUGCCUAUCAAAAGAAUGUCUUACGCACAUGACCUGAGCAUUCUGUAAAUCCUAAAAAGAUCCUUUCAUCAAUUGGUGUGGAGUUGACUAGCUGAGAAUAAUUGAUUUGUAGUCGAGAGGUGGUGUUGGCGUUAGCCGAGAAUACGACCUUCGAGGUGGAGGGAGUGGAUUACACUUCGAGGUGGAGGGAGUGGGCACUGAAGGGCUACAGUCAGGUUACCUCUUCAAUCUUUACAAGGAAGGGAGGGGUAUUAGUGAUGGGAAUAUCAACUUGACUAGUUUGGGGAAGUCGUUUAUAUGUCGGGAUUUGGGUGUCGGGGACGGCGGGGAUCUUUUCCACAAGCUAGAAUCCUUCUGUAUAUACGAUAGGCUCGAGUGAGAAGCGCUACAACUGGGUGCUGGUGACGAAAUUGAUGGUGUCCUUUCUGGAAAUGGAGUUAGCAACUUCUUGUAUCUUACUCGGUUUUUCCGUGAGCGUGGGCGAAGCCCGCGACACAGGGGAAUGGAAUAGGAAUUCAAUUAUGCCGAAAUCGGUUUGGAAGAAGUGGUCACUUUGAUCAUGUCCCAAUCAGCACGUCGACGUUCCUUAUUUCUACAUCAGCAUCGACCCUGUUGCAGGAGCUUGUCACAAACUGUAGGACCACCAGGGAUGACAGUAAGAGUCGGAGACAGAACUCAACAAGGAACCAUUUGACUUGUUACUCACAACAAUGCUUCUUUUCUAAAAUUAAACCAGAUGUAGCUACUAGACCGGUGGUUGUCUACUCUUUCUCGCUCGAGCUCAAUUGGUAGGUGGGCGUCCAGCUGAAUGUGAUGAGUUGUUAAUGUGAUCACUGUCUUGGCUGUGUA